UACGAGUAUGCUGUAUGGUUUGCUUUUCAAAAAGGCUUAUAAGCUAAGAGUUGAAUGCUGUGUAUUGGCUUGCAGAUUCAUGAUGAAGCUAAGAAAUUUGCAUAUCAGACUGGUGUCAGGGUGGUUGUUGCUUAUGGUGGUGCUCCCAUAAACCAACAGCUUCGAGAACUAGAGAGAGGAGUGCAUAUUCUUGUGGCAACUCCUGGACGGUUGGUUGAUUUACUUGAGAGAGCUAGAGUCUCGUUACAGAUGAUAAGGUAUUUGUCUCUAGAUGAGGCAGAUCGAAUGCUUGAUAUGGGUUUUGAACCUCAAAUAAGGAAAAUUGUGCAACAAAUGGACAUGCCUCCACUAGGUGUAAGACAGACAAUGCUAUUCAGUGCCACUUUUCCCAAAGAGAUUCAGAGACUGGCGUUGGAUUUUCUUUCAAACUAUAUCUUUUUGGCUGUGGGAAGGGUCGGCUUUAGUACUGAUCUGAUUGUCCAAAGAGUUGAAUAUGUUCAGGAGACUGACAAGAGAAGCCACUUGAUGGAUCUCCUUCAUGCGCAGAGGGCAAAUGGUGCUCAUGGCAAGCAAGCCCUUACCCUUGUUUUUGUCGAGACGAAAAAAGGAGCUGAUUCUUUGGAGCAUUGGCUUUGUAUGAAUGGUUUCCCUGCUACUGCUAUUCAUGGCGAUAGAACUCAGCAGGAAAGGGAAUACGCCCUGAGGUCCUUCAAAAGUGGUAAUACACCAAUCUUGGUUGCAACGGAUGUGGCAGCACGUGGUCUUGAUAUACCUCAUGUUGCUCAUGUUGUCAACUUUGACAUCCCAAAUGACAUUGAUGAUUAUGUCCACCGCAUUGGAAGAACAGGGCGAGCUGGAAAAUCAGGUUUAGCAACAGCCUUCUUUAACGAGAACAAUUCUUCAGUGGCAAGAUCACUGGCUGAGCUGAUGCAAGAAGCAAACCAAGAAGUACCUGCUUGGCUCUCUCGCUUUGCUGCUCGUUCUUCACAUGGAGGUGGCAAGAAUCGUCAUGGUGGAAAUAGUUUUGGUGGGCGUGAUUUCCGAAAAGAUUCCUCUUUCAAUCGAGGGGUGACAGACUACUAUGGCGGGGCCAAUAUGAGCAGCAGUGGCUAUGGUGCACCUGGCGGGUAUGCUGCACCAUAUGGUGGUGCUGGUGUGACUAGUGCCUGGGACUAACCAGCCACAUUUUGCCCCAGUUUGCAAAUUCAGAUAUAGUUUCAAUUUUGCACUAGCAGUUCUACUCACAUUAGUGUCUACUCUUUAUUUUGCCCAUUUUUGUAAGUUUUGACGUUUCGUACUGAAAUCUUCACUGCAAUGGCGGUUUGGGUUGUUGUGACGUAGUUAGGGGCUCGACGGGGAUGUGUAAAUCUUGGCAGGUGGUGGUGAAUAAUUACUACUAACAGAUUAGGAUUUACUUUGCCUUGCUUACUUCUCCCUUUGCUUUAACAUUUGGUAGGUGGAUGGAUUUGUUAAAGAAUAGGUCUCAUGUAUAGGGGGGAGUUUAUGUUUCUGCCAGCAAUUGAUUUAUAUCUCUUAGGUGUAUUCUUUUAUCAACCAAAUGUAUUGGUUGUAGAUUUCUAGUACAGAGCCCUUCAAGUGUUGUGUUCAACUCUAAUCACUAUUGUAAAAAUAUUACAAAGUCACUGCUAAGUUUUGUACUUUUGUAUUCGCC